CAGCGGCCAUUCCAGAGUGAACCUGCGCCGUGAGCAGACCUGUUGCGCGAAUCCUUGUUCCGUGUCGGUUGUGUGUGAGGAGUUCCGUGCAGAGGGGGGUUUGCGAGACGCGUGCGGUAGAAUGUCACAUCGUGACCGACUCAGAGGUUAGAACGAUCGUGGCAAGACUUCGUGAACGCAAUCAUCGUCAAUCUACAGGAGUGUGAGGGGAAACGGGAAACUGUCGACGUGUCGAGAACGAACGAGUUGGAAGUUCGGUGACGACAAGUCAAGUGACAAGCCGCAAGCGGAAGUGAUCGGAGAUCGUGAAGCACUGCUGUGAGCACGAUAACAGCGAGAUAACCGUGAGAAGCAGUGAGGUUUCGGAAGUGCAAUUGAUAUACCUUGCAGAGGGUUUCGGAAAAAAGUCGUAAAAGUGUGAGAAAGCCGAUUCCGAAGGAAAGUCGUAGCGCAGUCGUUCAGCCAUAUUUAAGUUGCUUAACUUUGGGCUUGUUGUCUUCUCGGGUCUCGGGGUUCACACACAGGUUUCUCAGCCAGACGACGAGACGGGGUGAGAAAGAGCGCACAAAAGAUACGUGAUCGGAAUGUGGUACACCUCUGCCGUGUAGUGUGUGCUUGUGCAGUGUUUACGGCGACCCGUUCGGGGGUGUCGGUGUGUGUGUGAGAGAGUCCAACGGAUUAGGCGGCACACUGGUUGAACCCCGCUGCUGAGAGUUGGUCGAAGUCAGUGUAAUGGUGUGAUUCGGUUUCGUCGUCGUCGGUUCUUCGAACGUUCUCGGUGAUACGGUGCUGUGGUGACUAAGUGAGACACAAGUUCUGUGAGACAUACAAGUUCUGUGCGGGGUAGCUGGAAAGGGUCCAGAACCGUUGACCGGUCCGUAUGAAAGAACGAAACAUGGGAGACUCGACACCAAUCUGUCGCUGUCGUGUACUGUACCUCGGUAGUGCCGUGCCCCGGCAGAGCAAGGAUGGCCUGCAGGGUAUCCAGGAGCCGCUGCGCAGCUUGUACCCCUCGGAGGGGGCCAUCGGCGCCAAAGGCAUCGACUCCUGGUUGAGCGUCUGGUCGAAUGGCAUCCUGCUGGAGAACGUGGACGAGAACCGCAAGCAGGUCACGCGCUUCUUCCCGAUCGAUUCCCUGCAUUACUGCGCUGCCGUCCGGCAGGUCCUCAUCCCGGAACGGGGCAACAACAACCCGGAACCCAAGUUCCUCCCGCUAGACUCCCCGUUCGCCCGGACCCCACGUGCCCAGCACCCGCCAAUCUUCGCGGCCAUCCUGCGCCGCACCACCGGAAUCAAAGUGCUCGAGUGUCAUACGUUCAUCUGCAAGCGGGAGGCCGCGGCCAACGCGCUGGUCCGCUGCUGCUUCCACGCGUACGCGGACAACUCGUACGCCCGCCAGCUGGAGGGCUCCGGCAGCGGUAGCUCCAACAGCGUCUACGGAACCAUCGGUGGCAAGUCCAACGGUACCGGUGGACCCGUCGCCGAUCCGAACGGCUGGCGGUCACGUGCCGGCAGCACCACCACGCUGAACAGCGUCGGAGUCAACAGUCGACAGGCGAUGAACGGCGGCGGAGACGCGUUCACGGUGAAGAAUCUGUACGCCAGCAGUGCCGACCUGGACGUGGUGGACGACGGAGACGGAAGUUCGCUGUACAACGGCGACGAAAACCACAAGAUUUGGACCGGCUCGACGGAUCAGCUGGACGGGAUCGGUGUGGGCGGCGACAGUGGCCAUUAUGACAUUUACUCCGGUGGGACGGGGUCCACGCUGGGACGGCCGGCCCGGGCCCGGCAGAUAAGUGCGCCAAUUCCGGUGCCACCGCCGCCGAAAGAGGAGCUGAAAAAGCUGAAGAAAGAAGCGAAAAAAGCGUCCAAACAUCAGCUACAGGUAGGAAGUCAAAGUCUAUCCGGUACGCUUAUCAGACCACGACCAAUGCACAUGAAUCCACUAGGUCGACCCGGGCCCCCACCCGUUGGAGGCCCCGGCGGUCAUCCGGGCAUGAUGAUGUACCCGAUGGGUCCACCUCCGCCUCCCCCACUCGGUGGCCGCCAGUUCCACACCAUAGGCCAUCGGAGCCACAACGGAACGAUGCACCACGGCGGCGGAAUGCCGCCACCCCACAUGAUGCACCACCCCCAUCAGCUUCCCCCGCACCAUCCGGCGGCCCAAAUGCAAAUGCACCAAAUGCACCACCCGGGGAUGCCCCCGAUGCAGAUGAUGGUUCCGCCGCAGUACGCAACGCUGCAGCAUCCGCGCACGAGCAAAAAGAAAAAGGACAAAAACAAGAUGACCAACGGCGGUGGCAUCCCGAUCGGCGUCCCCGUCGUCCCGCCCAUGUUUGCCUACCCGCCGGGACCUCCGGGCGGCGGCGGCUCCGUCAUGGACCCCGGUGGCCGUCCGCUCGCCCUGAGCAAUCGCAAGCUGGCCCAGUCGGCCGCCGCCGGGCUGGACGAGUCGGGCAAUUCGGGGGCCGAAUCGCCGGGCGGAACCGGCAUCUACCGGCGCAAGGGGCACCUGAACGAGCGCGCUUUCAGCUACUCGAUCCGGCAGGAGCACCGCAGCCGGAGUCACGGCUCGCUCGCUAGUCUACAGUUCAACCCGCCCGACAUGAAGAAGGAGCGCGAGAUCGCCCAGAUGGUGGCGGGGCUGGAGCUGGCCGACGAUUCCGCGACGCUGCAGCGGAGGCGGUCCGAGGUGAUGGCCGGCUCGUCCGGAACGUUCGGCAAGCCGAGGCGAUGAGAGUCUGGUGGUCGUUGUUAAGCAUUAAGGGGGAUUGUAUUGCGUGAGUAGCGUCGUUGUGUUACGAGAGACAGAAAGAGGAUGAUGGUCUAGGGUGACUGGGAACCGGAUAGCUGCUGGGGAGGCCUCCGGAGGAGUGUGCGUUAGGAUGCAUGGGGGAAAGUUUGGGGUUGGUUCGAGUUAUUUCAUUCGAAUAAAAACUCCGCAAGCUUUGGUAAACAAAUACAAUUCAUACAAAUACAAAUUUGGUUGAACCAGAAACAAAUAGAGCAACUCUCGGGGCAAUCCAGAGUCAAUUAGUGAGAGAAGACAGUGAGCAAGAGAGUAACUCUCUUUAAACACAAAUUCCCUCCCAUCUUCUCUACAUCGCUCCUGUUCGCUCCGGAGCAAUAGUUUACUGGAGGAAUCUGGGUGAAAGAGAGUUGCCCUUUUGCUCACUGUCACUCACUGUUGUUCAACCAUUUUGAUUGUCACUCGUUCUGAAAUGUUUCUGAACCAACCCUCACUUUCAUCCUUCCCAUUUGAUUUAUUUUUCUAAGAAUUCUUGUUAUUGUUGUUGAACAAACCACGAAACAUCGACGAUCGAACAAAAAGUGUGCUAUAAUUGUCAUUACAUUGUAAGAAAGUUAACAACGCAAAAGUUAUUCAGCAAUUUGAUGAUUAGGGAAAAAUUUCUAACCUCAAAAUAAUUGGGUGAGAAAAUUAUCGGAAAAUGCCAAUUGCGAGGUAGUCUUUAGCGAGGGGGAAAAGUUUUUAACGAUUGGAGAAGAAAAUUUGUGCGAGCAUGUGAGCGAGUGUGAGUAAUGAGUUUGUUAGAAAAAGAAGAAAAAGAAGAAGCAACGAAGUUUAGGGUUAGUAGAAGUUGCCGCAAAAGAGAUAUGAAAGAAGAAAAAAAACAGCAGCAAAAAUACAUGAUGUGCCUUAUUAAGUAAUUAGAUAAUUUAAUUAUUUACAACGCGGAGCGCGAUGAGCAAGGAACCAGCAAAGGAAGAAAUAGAAGGAGAGGAGAAGUUGGGGGUUGCCUUAAGGUAGCACGGUGGAAAUGGUUUAGAAGAAGAGGAGGAAAAGCUAUUUUAACGAUUGUAUGAUAGUUGAUGCAUGUGUGUGAAGUCGAACGUCGGAAAUGGAAAAUCGUAUUAAGGGGAAGUUUAUAUAACCAAUAAAUACAGUUUAAACCGAUUUGUGCGAACGCACACCCUGUUGAAGAGUAAUUGAAAAAGUGUGCUCGCGAAAAAGUGGAGGAAAUUCGGUGAACACGUUGAAAUUAUAGAUACUUUUAUUGUGUACAUUUAAAUUAAGGAUCAGCAGAUAAGCCAGCAACCAAGUAGUAAACCGUCAAAAAAAAGUGUUAACUAAAAACGAGUUUAAUCACAAACACAAAACAACAAACGAAACAAAAAACGCCGACAGGUUUUGGCCCGAGAGGAGAAAGCGAAAGCGGCAAGAAAGCACCAAGUCACAAGGUUAAUAUCAUCAACAAAUCAAACCCCGGAGCCAAGUCGAAUAUUCGAAAACAGCGCCAAUUUCACCCCUCGGGGGCCCAAAAUCGACGGCCUUCCUAAAAGUGCCGCAUUCCAAGUGGCCGGUUCUUCCGGCUUUCGACUUCUCCUUCUCGUCCAGCGAACAAAAAGAAGAAACACAAAAUUUGAGCGUUCCAAAAAUUGAAUCGAUCGCGCAGAAAAAAAACGCCGCGUUGAUACCCGUCCAUGAAGCCAGAGCAAUUGAGCAAUUUUAAAAAUAACCCACACCUGUCUUACGAACAAACGAACACAACAUCUCCGUCUGUACUAAUUAUUUUAAUAAAUUGUAAUUUUUAUUAUCAUACCCGUAAA